AUGAGCUCAAUGUCGCAAAACGAUAAUAUUCUGAUGAUACGUGCGACGCGGCGGGAGCGACUGCAGCGCGCGCGGCGCAUAUGGCGUCUGUGCUGCUCAGUGCUUCUGCUCUCUGUGACUAUAUGUUGCGUUUCCAUGCGAGCUUCUUGGGAUGUCGUCGAUGACUCUCUUUCAUGGGCGCACUCCAGACGCCUUGCCUCCACUGGAGGCUGCUCUUCUGAGCGCCAGGAGUGGAUACGAAACGGUGGUUGGGUACUGUACGUCGUCGGCAUUCUUUACAUGUUUUUAGGCAUCGCCAUCGUGUGUGAUGACUACUUUGUCUCCUCUCUAGAGAAAAUUUGCGAUAAGCUGGGUCUGAGUGAAGACGUAGCUGGAGCCACGUUCAUGGCGGCUGGUUCGUCGGCUCCAGAACUCUUCUCCUCAGGAAUGAGUUUAAUCUCACCGGAUGCGACGAAUGAAAUCGGUAUUAGCGCAAUCGUCGGGUCCGCCGUAUUUAACAUGCUCUUCAUCGUCGGUGCCACCGUUCUUUGCGCCGGGUGCUCUCUCGAUCUCGACUGGCGCCCGGUGACGCGUGACUGCAUGUUUUACGCUAUGGCUGUCUUGACUGUGCUCCUCAUCUUCUACGACGGUCGUAUCACGUGGUAUGAGGGCUUGAUCUGCGUCCUUUUGUACGCGACUUACGUAUUGUGCAUGUGUUAUAACGAUGUCUUGAUGCGGUGGAUGGGCGGCGCGUCCAAACGACCGAAGCAGUUAAUGGUGCCUGAACCAACUCCGACAACGGUUCCGGCGCUGCGACGCGCCGACACGCGCCGGCAAUCCAGAAGACCGAUGAGAGAAGAAGUAGUAGAAGACGAAGAUAAGAGUUUUGAAUGGCCGGAUUCUUCGCUUGGGAUCCCUCUGCACGUGAUAAGCUUGCCCUGGCGAUUCGCUUUUCAUUUCAGCAUUCCAAAUUGUGCACUGAAACAAAGAGAGAAUUGGUUCGCGAUGACUUUUCUUGCAUCCAUCUCAUGGAUUAGCCUGAUUUCGUAUUGCAUGGUUUCGUGGGCCGCUCGAGUCGGGUGCGUCAUCGGUAUUCCUGAGGUUGUCAUGGGUACCCUCGUCGUCGCCGCUGGUACCUCGAUUCCUGACGCGCUAGGAUCCAUCGCAGUGGCGAAAGCUGGCGAAGGAGACAUGGCUGUUGCGAAUGCUGUUGGAAGCAAUAUCUUCGACAUUUGGCUCGGUCUCGGUCUUCCUUGGCUCAUAAUUUUGCCCACUAAGCCUGGCAGAAUGAUAAGCAUUCAAACUUCUCAGCUCAUACCGUCCAUGAGCAUCCUGUUCGGCGUCCUUUUAUUAUACUACUUGAUGCUGUUCUUUAAUCGCUGGCAACUCACGCGGAGUGCCGGAAUCGUGUUCAUGUGUACGUACGUCGUCUUCGCGUGCUACUGCAUCUUUUUUGUGUGGCUGCGUGAUGUAUAUAAAGUAGACUAA